GCGCCGGCACCGCCCCGGAAGCGGCCGGGAAGGAAGGCGGCGGGUCUGCCAUGGGCCGGGCAGUGACCGUGGCCACCUGUGCCCUCAACCAGUGGGCUCUGGACUUUGAGGGCAACCUGGAGAGGAUUGUCAGAAGUAUCGCCAUCGCCAGGAGCAAAGGAGCGCGGUACCGGCUCGGCCCAGAGCUCGAGAUCUGUGGUUACGGCUGCUCGGAUCACUAUUAUGAGUCUGACACACUCCUGCAUUCCUUUCAAGUUCUGGAAAAGCUUUUGGAGUCUCCAGCUACUCAAGAUAUUAUCUGUGAUGUGGGAAUGCCUGUUCUGCACAGAAAUGUUCGCUACAACUGUCGGGUGAUCUUUCUAAAUAAGAAAAUUCUUCUGAUCAGACCAAAAAUAGCAUUGGCAAAUGCAGGAAACUACAGGGAACUCAGGUGGUUCACCCCGUGGAGCAAAGCAAGGCACGUGGAGGAAUAUUUUCUACCCAGGAUAAUUCAGGAAGUGACUGGACAGGAAACUGUUCCUUUUGGGGAUGCAGUGCUAGCAACCAAAGAUACCUGCCUAGGGGCAGAAAUGUGUGAAGAACUCUGGACACCAAAUAGCCCUCAUAUUGACAUGGGACUUGAUGGUGUGGAAAUCUUCACCAACUCUUCUGGGAGUCACCACGUGCUGCGAAAGGCUCACACCCGAGUGGAUUUGGUGAAUUCUGCCACAGCAAAGAAUGGUGGAAUAUACAUUUUCGCAAACCAGAAGGGCUGCGAUGGUGAUCGGCUGUAUUAUGAUGGCUGUGCCAUGAUUUCCAUGAAUGGAGAAACAGUUGCACAAGGAUCCCAGUUCUCACUGGAUGAUGUGGAGGUGCUGGUUGCCACUCUGGACUUGGAGGACGUCCGAAGUUACAGAGCAGAGAUUUCAUCCCGUAACCUGGCGGCAAGUAAAGCAAAUCCUUAUCCCAGGGUGAAAGUGAAUUUUGCUCUGUCGUGUCCUGAUGAUGUAGCUGUACCUACCUGUAUGCCAAUCCAGUGGAGAUAUCAUAGUCCUGAGGAGGAGAUCAGCCUUGGACCUGCAUGUUGGCUUUGGGACUAUUUAAGGCGCAGCAAACAGGCAGGAUUUCUCCUACCUCUUAGUGGUGGAAUCGACAGCUCUGCUACAGCCUGCAUAGUGUAUUCCAUGUGUCACCAGGUUUGCCUGGCAGUCAAGAAUGGAAAUGCAGAUGUGCUGGCUGAUGCCCGAAGGAUUGUCCACGACGAGACCUACAUCCCUGAGGAUCCUCGGGAGUUCUGCAAGCGUGUCUUUACCACGUGCUACAUGGCCAGUGAGAAUUCCUCCCAGGACACCUGCCACAGGGCAAAACUUCUGGCUGAGCAAAUAGGCAGCUAUCACAUCAACCUGAACAUAGAUGUGGCUGUGAAAGCUGUUGUGGGAAUUUUCAGCAUGGUGACAGGUCGAACUCCCCGAUUUUCUGUCUACGGAGGGAGCAGCAGAGAAAGCUUAGCACUGCAGAAUGUGCAGGCUAGAAUAAGAAUGGUCCUUGCCUACCUGUUUGCUCAGCUGACACUGUGGGCUCGUGGGAUGCCAGGGGGGCUGCUGGUGCUGGGAUCUGCCAAUGUGGAUGAAAGUCUCCGGGGCUACCUGACCAAGUACGACUGCUCCAGCGCUGACAUCAAUCCCAUUGGUGGCAUCAGCAAGACUGAUUUGAAGAACUUCAUCCAGUAUUGCAUUGAAAACUUCCAGCUCACAGCCCUCAGAAGUAUCAUGUCAGCUCCACCCACUGCAGAGUUAGAGCCCCUGGUGGACGGACAAGUGGCUCAAACUGAUGAGGCAGAUAUGGGGAUGACAUAUGCAGAGCUCUCCAUCUAUGGCAAAUUAAGAAAAAUUGCAAAGGCUGGACCAUACAGUAUGUUCUGCAAGCUGAUUAAUAUGUGGAAGGAAGUUUGUACUCCAAGAGAGGUGGCAUCCAAGGUCAAGCAUUUCUUCAGGAUGUAUUCAGUUAACAGGCAUAAAAUGACCACCCUCACUCCUUCCUACCACGCUGAAAACUACAGCCCCGACGACAACAGGUUUGACCUGAGGCCUUUCCUUUACAACACCACCUGGUCCUGGCAGUUCAGGUGUAUAGACAAGCAGGUAUCCAAACUAGAAAAAAAGGAAGGAAUUUCUCCAGUUGAAGAUGUGGACUGAUUUCCUGUCUUGUUUAACUGUGGUAAUUAAUUUGCCAAAGCAGAAUGUUCCAAACUGGAUUAUACUGUGAUAAUGAGCAGCGAUGACCCAAACAAUUGUUGAGUCCUCUUUUUUUUUUUUUUUAAUUGACUCCCUGGUUUAUUCCCAAUAUACUUAAACUAUAAAUUGGCUAAGGAAUCACUUAUUAAGGAUUUCCUUCAAAUACUUAGUUUAAAAUAUUUGGAUAAGCCCAUCAUAAAUAAAUAAUAAAUAAAUGCAGGGUAGUCUUUUGUGAAAGUAAAUGCACAUACACACAUGAAGUUUGGUUCUCAUAACUGGGAUAUGAUUUUUGAGUAACAUUUAGCUGAAAGUAAAAUUUUAACAGUUCUGGCAUGUGCUGUUGAGGGCAAAAACUCAUCUUUGCAAUAAACUUGUAAUUUUGUCAUGCUAAUUGACUCAGUUCUUAUUUUUCAUGGUUUUUAUUUAUCUAACAUUCGCUUUGUAGACUGGUGCAGUGUUUUGAAGGAUCACAUAAAGUCUAAUUCAGCAAGGUGUUGGAAGCAUGUCUACCUUGAAGCAGAUGGGUAAUCUCCUUGUUAGUGGGAUCAAAAUUAAAGAGUUCAGCUUCUUGUUUUGUUUCAAUAUUGCAGAAUGGAGUAUAAAACCAGCUUCCUUCGAGCUCAAUUAGAGUGUUACUCACCUUCCACCUCCUGUUUGCAAAAGCUUAAAUUUAAACUUCACUGAUCUUUUAAAUGUGUCCAGUGCCUGAGUCCCUUUUCUGCCUUUUCAUUUAAUGUUUAGCUGUUUCUGUUUCUUUUUUAAAACUUGUUUUGAAAGGUGCAAUUUUAAGAGGGGAAACUAGAAACGUGUUUCUGAAGUUCUGGGUGAACAACACUCAAACAGCAGAAGAGCUCAGACCAAGUGAGACUUCUGUUAAAAUGGUCCUGCAUUGUGCUGGUGAGAAAUGUCUGCUGAAGAGCACCUUCUCCACAUUUGUUUUUCAUGAUCCAGAGUUGAUUCACUUGGAGUUAAAGAUGCUGCAUUGUUUAUUGUGGGUUUAUUGUAUUGUAUU